AUGAUAUCGUUCAAUGGCAAGACUGCCACCGCCAUGAUCAUGGAUGAGUGGCGGCCUGGACGCCCGGAGGGCGGCUUGGACUUCUCCGAGAGCCUUUUCCAGUACUUCUCCAACCUGAAUGUCGGCGUGCUAACCGGCGAGUGGUGUACAUUAUCUCCGAUUGGACGGGCCGCCGCAUGGUAUGCAGAGCGUUAUUGGUCUAUCUCUGAGGGAUCAGCGAGGGAGGACGAUGUGGACCAAGGAUCUUGCGAAGUGGAGCACGCUCCUGCCAGCUCACUCCAUCUAGACGAUACCCCUUCUUCUGACUCCUCUAUGAUGGCCGCUCGGACUGCUUUACACGGUGUCCCUCCCUCGGCUGCCCGCAGUCCCGAGGCCCUUUCUUCAACCUUGAUGGCGUAUGUCCAGCAAUUCCGGCGUAGCCUCGCGGCAAGUCCUACGGAGCUCGAAUCCCUGGGCCAAUUACCUUUCGGACCUCAGCGUCGAGGCCGGAGGUUGGUUCGCCGUUCCCCUAUAGCAUUCGAGGAGCCAGCCGAUGAACCUGAUACGUUUCCCGACUCUGGGCCUGCCAACGAUGCGGAUACUAAGGAGAAAGACGAACUGGUGGAUGAGCUGGAGGGCGAGAAAGAGAUCGAGCCUGCUUCAGAGCCUGAGGCCGUUACCAGCGCGUUACUACAUACUGCGGUGCCUUCCGUGGCUCCUCUGCUGACCGGCUUAGCCGAAGAGCCCGCAAAUGAGCCGUCCGAUGGCACAAGAUUACCGACGCUCGUCUACGCAAUGUCGUCAUCGAGUGCCUCAAGGAUGCUGCCAGUGCCUCGCCUGCUUCGGUGUGGCCGCCAUGAAGAGCUGCUACAUGUCCGAGUUAGAGCCCAUCGCGCUCGUGCAAAAACCAAACGCCGUUUUUGGAGCCGCAAGGGCAUUCCGAAUCCCGAUGAUACCACCGGCUGGAUUCCGCUGCGGGAACUGUAUGAGAGACGAGGCUGGCGGAUCCCCGAUGAACCCUCACUUGAUGAACUGAGCCACAGCCGUAGAGCGUUCAAGGAAUAUGAUGACCAAAUUCGCGCCCUUAAUAAAUCUGGCGUGAAUUUGAAGGCGACGAUGGAAGAGUACAAGGAACUUCGCUCCGGCCGUCAUGUCCCCCGUCGUGCCGUGCCGCUGCUAGGCACUACUCCCAUCAUUGGUCCCUCAUCUGAAGUGAAUGCGACCGGCUCCCUUGUCAAGGUUUCCUUCAACGCGCCAGAGCCCAAGGCCCCUGUCGUGAAAACGCCGUUCAAUACUCGUGGUACGAAGCGCGUAAAUCCCACGGAUGCUGAGGACGAGGCUCCAUCUUCACGUCGUUCUCGCCAUGCUCUGCACGGGACCACCUCCAAGGCUUCGCCGUCUUCAGCCCCUGUCACUGUCAAGAAGGACAAGGGGGUCUCCAAACCUCAAGCAGGCCCAUUUUCGUCACGCGCGGGACCCUCUAAGCGGUCCUUCCCUGCUGCCAUCGGUACGAUACCUUUCGUCUCCAUCCCUCCGGCUCCAUAUCCAACCCAGUUCUCCGCAGUCUCCCCUCCUACUGCUUCCUCGUCUUCCACGAUUACUCCCUCGGCCAACUUCGUCGAGAUUAAUGGCCAAAAGGUGCCGAAAGAUCUAGUCAUGAUGCUCGUGGAGUGGGCGAAGCACCAAGCAACGGAAUAGAUUCCCAUACCUCGGUGUCAUGACUUCCUGUAUGUGUCUUUUGUACAAUUUAGUUGAAAUAUACACCCUGCUCCCG